AAUGGUCACACCACUCAGCGGUGCGGUGCCCAACGCAUUUCUCCCAGGUAACCAGGGAUCCCCGCUUAUUCCCCGGGCCGGAACAACCCAUCCAAGCUCCUGUCCGCUCCGGCUCCGGUGACGGCGACGGGCCGGCGGUUGCUUUCGUCCUCCUUCGUCGACCAAGAUCCACCAACGCAAACACCGCAUCCUCCUCUUCUUUCAGGUACUCGUCACAUCACCGGUGAGCACAGCCUCCUCCUUCUCCACCUAUCCCCUAGAUCGUGCAGCCAAACCUCUAUUUAUUUUGGUUGGCAACAAUCAUUAGAUAUUUCACGCCUUUUCAUGUUCAAAAUUAUUGUAAUGGACUUGCCCUGCUGCAGCAUCGCAGGGUUUGAUCACCGAAAAAAAUAGAUCCGACCUCGCUUCUCUGCCUCGCAUGAGCUAGGGAGCCCCUCCCCUCCCCUCCGCGGGCCACUCCGGCCGCGGCGGCCAACCACCAGCCUUCAUGGCCCCGAGGUGCUCGUCGGGAUCCACCGGUCACUCGACUGCUGGCGCGGUCGUCUCACGCGGGGCGGGAUCCGCGGGUCGGGCCGCGUCUCCUCCGGCUUCUCCGGCUUCCGAGUCUUCGCGAGAUCCACCCACGCCUCCGCGAAUCCUGCUGCGGGGUGAAUGCUCCUCGUCGGUGCAGAGGCUCAUCCCCUUUCCACUACGGUCCUAGCGCGCCCCCGCCCUUCUGCGCUCUCGCACCCGCCGGUCCGGCCGAUGGCGCACUCCCCAGGGCCCGCCGUUUCUGCGCCGUGCUCGGUCCCCGCGGUCGCUGCGGCGCCUAUGCCGUCCCGUCGCCUCAGGUCCAUAGUCGUCGCCCCUCCGCUUGCCAUUUCGGGAAAGGUUGGGCAAUGGUCAGAGGUUGUUCGCCGGAGGGGACGCGGCGCCUAGUCAGACCCGUUGGUCGCCGGGCAGCACCGUGCGGGUAAUAGGCCCAACCGCCUCUCGGGCCUAGCUGCAGCGCCGUCCGCCUUCUUAAGCCAGUUCAGAGGCAGGUGCUUUCGGUGCCUCAGUAGCAAGCACCGCAGGGCAGAGUGCAGAGACCCGAUACACUGCGUUCUCUGCAGAAGAGCUGGCCACAUAGCUAGGAGCUGCCCUCUGCGCCACCUCCCUCCGGGGGCGCCGGUCUCGGCUCGCAGCUGGCUCGGCCCGCCCGCUCCUGGCCAGCCGCUACAAGCGCGCGUCUGUUUCCCUCCGCCCCCGGUCGCUUCACACAUGCCGCCGCUGAGGCCUGCGAUGCUGCACCACAUCGACCCUGCGAGGCGGCCUAGGGAGAGCCGCUCGGUGGCCGUCCCCUCGCCGGCAGUAGACCAGACCAUUUUCUUCCUCAGAAGCCACGUCGUCACCCUGUCUGCAGCCGACGGCGUCAACGCCUCAUCCCCCAUGGCGGUGGGAAGGGCCCUGGAGGCGCAGCUCGCAGUGCCCGAGCACUCGCUGCGCGUCAUGGCGCACCACCCGGAGCACUACCUGGUGAUCUUCACCCAGCCGGCACAGCAGGUCAAUGCACUGCGUCGGGCCUCCAUCCGGGUCGACGGAGCCGUCUUCAACGUCGCCUCCUGGCACGAGCACGACCACGCCUCUUUCGGCUCGCUGCUGCUCCAUGUCCGAGUCGUCAUCGAGGGCGUCCCCAUGCACUACUGGUCUGUCGAGGGGGCGGAGGAGAUCCUCGGGAGGCGGGUAAGAGUUGAUCGCCUCGACAGCAGGACGCUCGAGCGCGGCCACACCAAGACGUUUGUGUGCUGGGUUUGGACCGACGAUGUCGGAAACAUUCCCACCAAGCACUGCCUCGGGAUCCUUCCGAGGGGAGCAGGCCGCGUCGAGGAGAUGGUGGGGUUCUCCCCACUAGACAGAAGAGUAGCUCCACCCCCGGCCACGGCCGAGUACUCCAUGCUCAUCCACGUCGAUCGGGCAGAAGAUUGGACUCCGCCGUCCCCCCGUUCUUCCCACUCCGAGCGGAGCGGAAUCCCGUCCUCCGACUCGGAUGGCGAGGCCGCCCCCUUCCCGGCGGUCGCACCUGCGUCCUGGACAAUGGGAACCGAGGACGGCCAUCAUGGGGGAAGGAAGAAGACCCAGGCCCGCGCGUCGGUGGCCAGCGUCGGCUGCCGGGGUAUGGCUUGCGGCGGCCGGGAGCAAGACGGUGACGGGGAUGGUGACCCGAGGGGGGGAGACCACCGCUCCUGGAAGGACGUUCUUCUCCGCCAUAGCCGCGCUUCGGUCGUCCCCCCACAACCACCGGCUCCACGGCAGCGCAGCCGCUCUCCCGCGCCAAGACGCCGGUCACGGGACUCCUCCGGCCGACGCCGCGACAAGAGGGGGGCUUCGGUGGGGAGGCGUCAUCACGCGCAGCGGGGCAGGUCUAGGCCUCCGCCACCACCCACUGUCAGGCCAGCACAGGCGCGAGAGGCUCACGACGAGACCACGGGCAAGGACCCGGUGGACGAGUUCUUCAAAACAGCAAACAAGCCGCCGAUGACCUCCCUCGUCGUCGACGGCAUGGCGGCCGACGUGCAGGCGGCCGCAGACGCGGUACUGGCCGAGCCGCUGCAGUUCGACGAAGGAUCCCUGCUAGAGGCAGCAGGGGAGGCGCUGCAACUAGACGCCUUCAGCCCCACGCUGUCGGACUACGGCCACUUCAACAGGGCAACUCCCUCCUCCGCGCGCACGAUGGAGGUCCAGCUGGGAGCUGUGACCAGCCGUGUGAGCCAGCUCGAGCUCGUCGAGGCAAGCGGCUGCAAGGAGCCUCGCCUCUUCCGCGAAUGUAGGCCUCCUCUGCUGGCCGUGCCACCCACCAGGCGGUCCGUGCCGCCGCCGAAGAGCAGAGCGCAGGCUACUCCGACUAGGCACAGCGCACGGCAGGCAGCAAACACGUCUACCGUCCCGGUCGCACAGCGUGCCUCCCUCCGUCUCGUGAAGGAGCUAGGGCUGCUAGGACCAAAGGAGAAGAUGACUGAAGACGUAGCAAAGGCCCUUAUUCGACGCUUCGAUGAGCCUCUCUCAGACAGCGACAUUGCGGUCAUCGCCAAGCUCACCCGCCUCGACGGGGAGGCCCUGACGGUCAUGGCUCGCAUGGCCGGCCCCGACGUAGUGGCCGAGAAGGCCGUAGUCUAGU